CAACAUUGCCCGCUUUCCCCCUCUUGAUUUGAUCCUUUCAACUUGUCAUGAUGGCCAGCUUUAUGAGCUACUUUGGGGCCCGCCGUGACCCUAAACAGUCAGCGAGGGACGCCAUAGUUGGUCUGCGCCAGCAGCUCCAGAUGAUCGAGAAGAAGGAAGAGUACCUACAAAAGAAGAUUGACGAGGAAAUGAAGAAAGCGAGGGCGAACGCCGUUUCGAAUAAGCCAGCGGCAACCGCUGCACUGAAACGAAAGAAACUGAACGAGACGGAACUGGAUCGACUAGCAGGAACGCGAUUACAACUGGAGAUGCAAGUCAAUACCCUAGAAUCGGCCAAUUUGAACGCGGAGACAAUGGCUGCGAUGAAGAAAGCUGCGGACGCGCUCAAAGUCAUCCAUGGAAACUUAACGAUGGACAAGGUGGAUGCGACGAUGGCUGCUGUGAAUGAACAACGAGAAUUAGCCAACGAGAUUGGAGAGACGAUCGCCAACCCUAUAUAUGGUGACACGAGUGUGGACGAGGAUGAAUUGAAGGUGGAGUUGGAGGAGCUUGAGCAGGAGGAGCUGAACAACCGUCUGAGUGAGGCGGAUCAUGCGCCAGUGCACCUGCCGCCGGGAGCAAGAGUUGAAGAGAAGAGGACACCUGUUGCGACAGAGGACGAUGAGGAAGCGCAGCUCAGAGAAUUGCAGGCAGCCCUAGCCAUGUAAUUGCUCCCUUUUCGCUUUCUAUUGUUCUCGUCUUUCUCCCUUCUCUUUGACAUAGUAAUUAUUACCCACUAGCGGCGCAAUGUAUGAUUGAUGAUAAUGAUUUAAAUUUAUAAUACCAAGGACCAGGAGUUGACGGAGCGAACUAGAUAGACAUAAAGCGUAGAAAGUACAUCUGGUUAAAUUAUUAAGACUACUGAACCGU